AUGGAGAAGAAAGCAGGUAAUAGUUAUACUACAAAGGCUUACCAUGGCAACGAAUGUUCACGACAUAAAGCCAAGGCAAAGUAUUUCAAAUGGCCUGGUCAAUACGGUGUAAGCUUCUUGGAACCUAGAGAGAUGGCUUGCAACUUGAGAUAUAUCUCCCUGCAAUACUUUCUCACGGUCUAUUUCAACAGAUAUUUUACACUUGAGAUUUACGUAGUCUUUGCCGCCAACAAGGGAGUUACCAGGUGUAGCCAUCUAAAUACUCUCCUUGGUGACAUCCAGUUGAAGGCUACCCGUUUGUUACCAAGCACAACACUAUCGGCUUUAACGUUAUAUAGCUCAAAUGUCUUAAAGAGACUACGAUUUUUCCUCGUUGAAGUUGAGCUCGAAUAG